AAAGAUAACCGUUUAAAACGCCUCAAUCGACGUCUUGGUGCAAUUUAACUAUGUUCCGAUAAAAUCUUUUUGGUCUUCAUCUUUUCCAAUCUUUUUUCGUCUUCUUCUUCUUUUGCAAGUUCACGCACUAAGCUGAGUGAAAAAGAUACGCCUUUUUCCCCAUUUUUUGCAUGUCACAGUAAUUCACAAACCCAGAAAACAAAAUAUACAAAGAAAACAAAAAAAACAAAACUUUUAAUUUCUUCUAGAGAAAGAGCCACUCUCACCACUUCUUUCUUUGUCAAUCUUUUUAGACAGGGAAAAGUGGCGUAAGAGAGAGAAAUAGAGAAAAAAAAACAAGUUGGUGAAGGUAAAAGGGUCCUUUGUUCCGGUGAAAAGUUUCAAACUUUCGACGGUUUUGAUUGAAGUAAUCUGAUGAGUCGUUGAUUCCCGGGGAGGAAUUAGGGUUUAUGAGAGAGUCAAGGAAGAAACUUUUGGAUUUUUGGGAGAUGGAGAUAGAGAUGUUUUAAGAAGAAUCGGCUGAUCAUUUGCUUAGGAGUAUGAAGAUGAACAUGAAGAGCUUUCUUAAGAAACUUCAUAUUACACAGUCAGAUGAAGCUCAAGGAUCAAUUAACAAGUCUAGCGAUGUGUCAUCAUCACCGAGGUCUCAUCACAGCAAUAGCCCUGAAGUCAAACCCUUUUCUGGUUUAUCCAAUUGGUUAAGCUCUGUUGGUCAUAGAAAAAGCCCUAGUCCACCUAAUUCUUUCAAUGCCAAGAACAGAGCCGCCAAAGCGGCUAAUGAUAAGAAGGCUGUGGAACAUGGUGAUGAUGAUCAUGUUGUUGUUACUGGGUCUGAACGUGUUGAGCUGCAGGAUUUAGGUUCCAAGGAUCCAGCUGUUGAAGAAGAGAAUCAGAUACAGUUGGCUUUAGAGUUAAGUGCCAAAGAGGAUCCUGAGGCUGCUCAGAUUGAAGCUAUUAAGCAGUUCAGUUUAGGCUCUUCUGCUCCUGAGAACUCUUCAGCUGAACUCAUUGCUUAUCGAUACUGGAAUUACAACUGUCUUGGCUAUGAUGACAAGAUCUUGGAUGGUUUUUAUGACUUGUUUGGAGUGUUGAAUGCAUCCUCAUCAGAAAGAAUACCUCCUUUACUCGAUCUUCAAGGGACACCUGUAUCAGACGGUGAGACAUGGGAAGCUGUUCUUGUGAACAGAAGUGGGGAUUCCAAUCUGUUGAGGCUUCAAGAGAUGGCUCUUGAUAUUGCUGCAAAAUCAAAAUCAGUUUCUUCCUCUGGUUUUGUGAACAGUGAAUUGGUUAGGAAACUGGCUAUUCUGGUUGGACAUUACAUGGGUGGACCAGUUGUUCAUCCUGAUAACAUGUUGAGAUCUUGGAGGAGUCUUAGCUACAGUUUGAAAGCAACUCUUGGAAGCAUGGUUUUGCCACUUGGUUCGCUAACUAUUGGAUUGGCUCGUCACCGUGCCUUGUUAUUCAAAGUUUUGUGUGAUAGCCUUGGUGUUCCUUGUCGGAUAGUCAAAGGACAGCAAUAUACCGGUUCUGAAGAUGUGGCAAUGAACUUUAUUAAGGCUGAUGAUGGCAGGGAGUACAUUGUUGAUCUCAUGGGAGAUCCAGGCACGCUCAUUCCAGCUGAUGCAGCUGGACUACAAAUAGACUAUGAUGAAUCUACCUAUACUGCUAUUCCUGGAGACAGUGGUUCUAUUCAAGUAGCUUCUUCCAGCAAUGGGGUUGAGAGGUCAUUGGAAGAGAAUGCAGAGCUUCGGGUUGUGGAAGAACGUUCUAGUACCAAGAGUUCCAGGGAGAGAAAUCAAUCCGGAGGAGGAGGCGAUCUCAUUGUUCAUCCAAAUAUAUCUAAGGAAGGUGUUAAAAAUCAGACGGAUGUUGAGAAGGCUCCAGUUCAAAACCUCCCAAGCAGGCCUAUUCAUUCUUUUACCCAUAUGAGAUCACCUUCUUGGACUGAAGGUGUUAGCUCCCCAGCUGCGCAGAGGAUGAAAGUCAAAGAUGUUUCACAAUAUAUGAUUGAUGCUGCCAAAGAGAAUCCACGGUUAGCUCAGAAGCUUCAUGAUGUAUUACUUGAAAGCGGUGUUGUAGCUCCUCCCAGUUUAUUUUCUGAAGUCUAUUCCCAGCAAUUGGAUGCAACCGUUGAAAGAAAACCCCCGACUGAAGCCAAGAAAGAGAAAGGAAAAGAUUUAGAGACAGCUCAGCAAGGACGACAGCAAAAGGAUUUUGGUCCAGUUCGGUUUUUGCCUCCAUUACCAAGAGUGCACCCUAAACCAAAUACACAUGAUCAACGUGAAAAUGGCAAAGUUGUAAGUCAGUCUGAUUCUCCACAUUCUGAAGCUUCUUCGACAGAAUAUGCCAGGACCGUUCCUGCUGCUGUAGCUGCAGCGGCUGUUGUUGCAUCUUCAAUGGUUGCAGCUGCUGCUGCCAAGUCUACAAACUCAGACUCCUCCACUGUAGAACUUCCUGCUGCAGCUGCUGCCACGGCCACUGCUGCCGCAGUUGUGGCAACGGCUGCAGCCGUGUCCAGACAACUCGAAUUAGCCUCGAAUAGCGAUGGGGAUGCUGGCUCUGGUGGACAUGAGCCUCAAGGUAGUGGGGACUCUAAUCUUGGGCCAAAUUCAGGGGAGGAAAGAAUAUCUGACAGAUCUAUUGGCAAUGAAAGUUCCAAGUCUGACUGUGAUGAUGUAUCUGACUGUGAGAUUUUGUGGGAAGAAAUUACUUUGGGAGAACGUAUUGGACUUGGAUCAUAUGGAGAAGUGUAUCGGGGAGAUUGGCACGGGACGGAAGUGGCUGUCAAGAAGUUCCUUGAUCAAGAUCUAUCAGGAGAAGCAUUGGAGGAAUUCAGAAGUGAGGUCCGAAUCAUGAAAAAGCUUAGACAUCCCAACAUUGUUCUCUUCAUGGGAGCUGUGACUCGGCCACCGAAUCUCUCAAUUGUUACAGAGUUUCUUCCUAGAGGUAGCUUGUAUAGAUUAAUCCACCGGGCAAAUAACCAAUUAGACGAGAGGAGGCGUCUGAGAAUGGCCCUUGAUGCUGCUCGUGGAAUGAACUAUUUGCACAGCUGUAGUCCGAUGAUUGUCCAUCGCGAUCUUAAGUCCCCAAACCUUCUAGUUGACAAAAACUGGGUCGUGAAGGUGUGUGAUUUCGGGUUGUCUAGGAUGAAACACAGUACAUAUCUCUCUUCAAAGUCAACAGCAGGCACGGCUGAAUGGAUGGCUCCAGAAGUGCUUAGAAACGAACCUGCUGAUGAGAAGUGCGAUGUUUACAGCUACGGUGUGAUUCUAUGGGAACUCUUUACGUUACAGCAACCUUGGGGAAAAAUGAACGCCAUGCAAGUUGUUGGGGCAGUUGGUUUUCAGCAUCGACGUCUUGACAUCCCCGACUUUGUUGAUCCAGCAAUUGCAGAUAUCAUCAGUAAAUGCUGGCAGACGAAUUCAAAGUUGAGGCCAAGUUUUGCAGAGAUAAUGGCUUCCCUAAAGCGGCUACAGAAACCUGUAACAGGUUCCAACAUCCCAAGACCAGUCCCCACUUCUUCUUCAUUAGCAACUGAACAUGAACAAAAAGAGUGAUAACAGAAGAAUGAAGAAGACGACCAUAGUGGAAAACAGUUUUGUUUGAAGGAAAUCAAUCUGAAGCUACGGAUCUUUGUCUGGUUUUUGGCUCAGCUUCAGUGUCUCCACACAUCCUUGUGAUUAGAGAAAUCAAAAGCAAAUUCAUAGAAGAUGAAGAUUGAAGAAGGUGAGAAGGGGUUUAUACUCGUGUGUUGUCUUGCUUGCCAGUGAUGUUCAUGUCCUCUGUUUUGUUUUUACAAAUUUGAACUGUACAAAGUGAGAGAGACAAAGAGAAGAGUAAAAAAAAAAACAUUUAUUUUUGCAACUAUAACAUCGUUGACAAAGUUUAAUUACAUGAACUCUCUGUCCUUA